GGAUGCGGACUGCCGUUAAACAGCUAAGCAGAAGAAGCAGCAGAAGGUGGAGGUGAAGUGAUAAAGCGCAGCUCUGUGUUCAUCCUCUCUGUGUCAGGAUGGCUGAGCAGGCUCGCUGCGGCGGGUCGGACCGGAGCACCGCGAACUAGGUUCAUGCUUUGGAAAGUCUCCAGGCUGCAGGAGGGAGGAUAGUGUGUAUGUAUAAGCCUGAGGAGUGACGCACAAGCGAUGGGUCCUCGAAGGAAGGCCUCUAAACUCCAGCCUGUAGGGAGCAGCAGCGGAGGGGAACUGAUACUGAGACCCAGUGAGCCCAAAGACUACAUCAAUGAGCUGUCCCAUGAAGUCCUGUGUCAUAUUUUCAGGUACCUUCCCAUGAAGGACAUCAUGUGUAUGGAAUGUCUGUCUAGAAAGCUUCGAGAAGCUGUUACUCUGUACCUGCGAGUAGUCAAGGUAGUGGAUCUAUGUGCUGGUCGCUGGUGGGAGUAUAUGCCUUCAGGCUUCACGGACAGCAGCUUUCUGCUCCUCCUGAAGAAGAUGCCAGAUCUGGAGCAGCUGUAUGGCCUACACCCUCGAAACUUGGAGAGGAGACGAGUCAGAGGCUACGAGGCUUUCAGCAUACCUGGAGUCCUGGAGGCAUUACAAGCCUGUCCCAACCUGCUGGGUGUGGAGACGUCCCAUCUAGAGCUGGUGGAGGCCAUAUGGAACUACAUGCCUCAAGUUCACAUACUGGGAAAGUUCCGCAACCGUAACGGGGCUUUUCCCAUUCCUGCUGAGAACAAACUGACCAUCCCCAUAACUGCAAAGAUCCAAACCCUACAUCUAGUGGGUGUGAAUGUCCCAGAGAUUCCCUGUGUGUCCAUGCUGCGCCACCUUUACCUGAAGUGGGUCCGUCUAACCAAACCACAGCCAUUUAAAGACUUCCUGUGUGUGAGCCUGAGAACCUUUGUCAUGCGGAACUGUGCGGGGCCAACCAACUCGCUCAAAUAUGUUCCUCUAGUUACUGGUUUAGCAUCUGCCCGGAACCUGGAGCAGCUGGAGUUGGUGAGAGUUCCCUUCCUAGGAGGAUUAAUCCAACAUGUGGUGGAGGACAGUUGGAGGUCAGGAGGAUUUCGGAACCUCCACACUAUUGUGUUUGGAGCCUGUAAGAAUGCUCUGGAAGUGGACCUGGGCUACCUCAUCAUUACUGCUGCUCGCAGGCUUCAUGAGCUGCGUAUCCAGCCUUCACUCACUAAAGAUGGAGUCUUCUCAGCUCUCAAAAUGGCUGAACUAGAGUUUCCUCAGUUUGAGACACUUCAUCUGGGAUAUGUGGAUGAGUUCCUGUUGCAAUGUAAGAUGAGUCACUCAGAGCUGGUUAAGUACGGUCUGGCUGAUGUCAUUGAGAACCCAGGCAUCAUCACUGAUAUUGGCAUCAAGGUGGUGAACGAGGUGUUCACUAAUAUCAAAUACCUCCUCAUCUACAACUGUCCUCACCUGCAUAAUCCUCACCACUGGAUCACAGAUCAGUCCAGAUGGAGCCGUCUUGUUGAUCUCACUCUGGUUCGCUGUCAUGCUAUCAAACUGGAAUCCUUCUCCCAGUUCAUAGAGAUACUGCCCAGUCUGGAGUUUAUCUGUCUGGACCAGAUGUUCAGGGAACCACCCAAGGGCUGUGCCAGGGUGGGCCUGAGUGCAGGAACUGGUAUUGGUGUGUCCUCCGCACUGGUCAGCAACCAGAAUUCCAACAAUGACAACGACAACAACAACAACAAUAACCACAACCACCACCACCACAACAAUGAAGCCAACCUGCCUCCUGCUCCUCCACCUGUCAACAACAACAUAAACAACAACCAAAGGCAGCAACAGCCACAGCACAAUGCACAAGUUGAGGUAAAUGGGAUGGAAGAAGAGGAAGAGGGGGAAGAGGAGGUGAUGUUGGAGGAGGGGAACAUGGAGGCUGAGCCGCAGAUAGAGCUAAAAGGAGCAGAAGAAGAAGUGAGUGUGGAAGAAGCUGAUGUAGCUCCAGGGCCCAGUCGUCCAGCUGGGACAGAGCGUCCUGAUGAGGAGCAAGCAGGACCCAGUGGUUUAGUCCAGCAGUGCAGACCAGCUGGGGUCACUGUUGCCAAGCCCUCACUGGUCAUCUCAGACUCAGACAGUGAAGAAGAAGAAGGUCUUGUUUCAAGGCUAAUGCCAGCUUCCUGUUUACAGCAGCCAGCUUCCUGUACAGAAGGUAAAGGAAAGACUCCUCUGCGACGGAGCAACAAUGUAGCUGUAUCAGUUGCUGCCUCAGCAGAUCAGACAAAGGCUCAGAUGUUAGAGAGCAGCUGUGAGAAGAGCUGUCAGGUGACCAGUGAACAGAUCAAGGCGGACAUGAAGGCUGCUGCUGAACACAACAAGAGGAAUAGCAGUAAAGGAAUUACUACUGAGGCUGGCGAUACCACUGCAAGGCCUGGGGCUGACAGUGGGACAGUACAGGGCACUGGGAGUUCUGGGACAGCUGCAAGGACUGGAGUGAAAUCAGCACCUGGUUCUGUGGGCAGGGUUGGACCUGGGGUAGCCACAUCUAGGCAGGUUGGUGGAUGUGGAAGGGUGGUGGCAGGGACCACACACAGAGCAACCACAACCACUGACAGAGCGACAGGAACUGGGAGGACUAAUAAUGGCACAGCGGGCCCCUCUGGAGCACAUACUGGGGGCCAUUGCACAAGAGAGUCUGGGGUGAGGCCAAGCUCCGGACUGUCCAGUGUGGACAGCCAGGAUGCUGCUGUAAACCACACUCCCAGGAGACCUACACUGCUGGAUGGUCAGGGAGAGAUCUCUGCUGAAUCUGCCUCUGUUGUUGGUUCAGGGUCACAGCAGGGUUUUGUUCCUAGACGACCUUUGACCCGAUCUUGUACCCGUAUGUCUUCUGCGUCCCUGGUACUUGAGACAGAUCUUUCAAGAGCCAGGCCUCGAGUAGCAGUGAGGAGGAAACGAAUGGCUGACAAAUCAACAAGCACCUCAGACCCGGUCACUGAGGAUGACCAUGUACAGAUUUUGUCUCUGAAGAGUAAGAACCUGGUGGGCAUCACUCUAACCAACUGUGGAAUCACUGACCUGGUUCUCAAAGAUUGCCCCAAGAUGAUGUUCAUUCAUGCUACCAGAUGUCGAGUAUUGAAGAAACUGCGAGUAGAAAGUGCCCCCAUAGUGAACCGCUUUGAUUAUGCUCAGUGUAAGAAGCUGGACAUGGAACAGGUCCUGGAUCAGAUACUGAGGAUGCCUCCUGAGAGGAACCGCAUCAUCUACAUGCGCCCUAUGCACCAGAUUGACUCAGUUGCAUUGGAACGGCAGCUCUUCCAGGGGCCUUAUCCCUAUCACAUUGCUAUAGUGCAUGAGUUCAGCAACCCUCCAAACAUACGCAAUAAGGUUCGCAUUCGCAGCUGGAUGGACACCAUCGCAAACAUCAGCCAAGAGUUAAUUAAGUAUGAGUUCUUCCCAGAGGCCACCAGGACAGAAGAUGAUGUGAAGAAGUUUCCCAAAUACCCCUGGGGCCGGGAUAUCUAUACACUAGAGGGAGUGGUGGAUGGAGCUCCUUACAGUAUGAUAACAGACUUCCCCUGGUUGAGGACUCUGAGAGCAGCUGAUCCCAACAGCUACGCCCGCUAUGACUUUGAGGAUGAUGAAAGCACCACCAUCUAUGCCCCGCGGCGUAAAGGCCAGCUGUCAGCUGACAUCUGCAUGGAGACCAUCGGGGAGGAGAUCUCUGAGCGACGACAGGGCAAAAGAGGAGUGUUUCAGAGAGUGGUGGUCCUCUUCCUCCAUCACUGUGAUACACCAGGAGAACCUGUGGAUGAUCACUACAUCUAGACACCACAAAAGCAGACAGCAGUCCCGCUGCAGCUCCUGACUGUGACACUUGAUUUUCUUUGGAAAAGGCACAGACGUGUGUAAUCUGUAUGCUGUGGAGGCUGCAGGUCAGAGCUGUGUCCAUACACACUGACGUACACAUGAUCUUUUAGAAGCUUAACACGCUUAAUAACGAAGGAGUAAGUGUAGUAUAAGUUGACUGUGAUAUGGAGGGACACUUCCUAAGAUGAAUGAUCAACGGAAGUGGCCAAAGGAUGUCUUCCAAAGAAUGUACACAUUUGUGAUUUGGUUCAUUUGGACCAGACUGAAGGCUUUGUCACUUCAUCUAUUUCAGUUUCUUAAGGCCUGUGUGAAAGACCAAACACUGAAAUCUAAUUUAUUUGUGUGUUCGGCUUUCAACACGAGGCAGUCAGGAAUAAAGGUGUGUCUGGUGUCCUGUUCCAGAGAAAGGUGGGGCUCUUUCUGCUGUCCUCAGGUGUCUGCACAGUGAUUCAGCUGCUUUUCUUGUCGAACAUGCUCACACCGAGAAUACAUGUAGAGCACCAUCUCUGUUCUGUUGAUUGGUUUUUCAUUAUUCCACAAAAUCGGAUUUUUAAGUUUCCCCUUUCUUUUCUUUUUUUUUAACAGAAUGAAAUUUCAGUUCAUCUUUGCUUAGGUUUAUCUGUUCAGAUUUUUCCCAAUGAUCAAACGUGAUUAUGAUUGGAUGGUUCAGCCCUGGUCACACAUGAUGAACAUCUGAAGCAGCUGCUCUGUGCGCUCCAUCAUUAUCCUCAUCUGUGAUAUUGUUUACAGGUAACCAGUCACAGCCAUGAUGAUUCAUAGUAAAUGUAUGAUGUUGAUAUUUGACAUCUAAACUUCCUGCUUGGUCAUGCUGAUGAGUUCUUUCUUUAUUUCUCCUCAGACUUCUGAAAUCAUUUUAAAAGCAUUUACCAUGUCAUUUACCAGUCAUAUAUACAUUUAUAGAGUAUAUAUCAUGAGGAUAAUGUCACAGACAUUUGUCAAAGUGGACAAAUUAGAACAUUAAACAGACACUUGAGUCUGACUGACUGCUCAGACCACCUCUCCAAUUCUCUUCUUCAAGUCUGUGUGAUGUGAUCGUGGAUAGAAGUCAGAUUGAAGAUUGUGAAAUUGUAAAUGUUUUGACCGAUGGAUGCUGUUUGUUUUUUGUUUUUGUUUUUUUCAUUUGCAGGAUACAAAAUGUGGAUGCCUUUUCCUCUAGCUUCUUAAAGGAGUCAGCAUUUGUUGGCUGAUUAAAGGUCAUGUAUGUGACAGGUGUGUGCUGUAGGACUGCAGAGCACAGACACCAUAACUGACUGUUCCAUGUUCAGGCUGAAUUUAUGUUGAGAACAAUAAACAACAUCAAUGGUGAAUGUUGAAAAAACUGCAGAUUGAGUGGACUGAAUGAGUCCACCCUUGUGUUUGUGUAUUGACAACUGUACAGCUGUCAUGGAUGACGAGACGCUUCCAUGGUGUUUAUAUGUUUAUAAAGACAGAAGACUUAUUUCACAUACUGAAAAAUAAAAGAGAAAAGAA